CACAAGACGUGUCACAUUUCCCAGCUUCCUGCUUUCCACCGAAGAAGAUCGACACAGAACAAAAACAAAAUGCGAUAGUUAAACUUCACUGAUGAGCUGUGGUCAAUGACAGCGUUGUUGACGCUUCCCGACAUAUUUCACUGACUGCUUAGUAAAUGUUAUUUGUUUGUAGCUGAGGCGCGUGGAAGUAAUAGAAAAGCAACCAUGCAGUUCACUCCAACCAACGGAGACUUCACGUUCGUGUCUUCGACAGAGGCUGAAGAGCUCAGCGGGACCAUCAGUGCCCCGGACAUUAAACUGAACAUGGGCAGUGACAGCGGUAAAGACCCAUAUGCUACUACCUUCCUGAGGCAGCGAGGCUAUGGCUGGCUGCUGGAGGUAGAAGAGGACGACAGUGAAGAGAGCAAACCUCUUCUGGAGGAGCUGGACAUUGACCUGAAGGACAUCUAUUACAAGAUUCGCUGUGUGCUGAUGCCAAUGCCUUCGCUGGGUUAUAACCGGCAGGUGGUCAGAGACAACCCGGACUUCUGGGGUCCUCUAGCCGUGGUGCUGCUCUUCUCCAUGAUCUCGAUCUAUGGACAGUUCAGGGUUGUGUCUUGGAUUAUCACCAUCUGGAUAUUUGGAUCGCUAACAAUCUUCCUGCUGGCUCGUGUUCUCGGUGGUGAGGUUUCCUUCGGCCAGGUUCUCGGAGUGAUUGGAUAUUCCCUUCUUCCUCUCAUCGUUAUAGCCCCUCUGCUCUUAGUGAUCGGAGGGUUUGAGGUGGUUUCUACACUAAUCAAACUGUUUGGAGUGUUCUGGGCUGCUUACAGUGCCGCUUCACUGCUCGUCGGAGAUCAGUUUAAAACAAAGAAGCCCCUUCUCAUAUAUCCCAUUUUCCUUUUGUAUAUCUACUUCCUAUCACUAUAUACUGGUGUGUGACUGGAUGAGUUAAAUCUGUGGACCUUUUCAUGGACAGUGAUCCUGGAGCACGGGCAGGAAAAUGCUAUGGAAGACAGGAUUUUUUUAAAAGAGAAUUUCUUUUUUAACUCUGUCAAAUUCAAAGGUGGGGAUGUUUUAGAAUAUAAAUCGGUGUGUAUAUACAAUUUUGUCCCUUUAUGUCUUCAGUCAAUAAAAUGCAUCUGCUUUUACAGCUUAAACUGUAUUCAGACUUGUGGUUCACCAGUGCAGUACAGCCCCCACAGUCCUGCAUUUACUUGUAAUUCAUGAAGCAGGAAAUGGGCUCAGGGUUGAACUUUAAUUUAUUGAUUUAUUUUGACUCUUUAUCCCACUGAAGUAUAUGGUGCCAAAUAUCUGUGUGUAUAUGUUCAUGCUGAAGGAAGAGGAAAGAGACACAGAAAGAAAGAGAUUGUAGAGCAUAAUGUUCUUCAUUGUUAUCCAUUGUAAUGUACUAUGAGAUAUGUCCAUUUAUGCUUUUCAUUUUUCAUAGACUUGUUUUCUAUAUUUAUGGAUUGCAAGUCGACUAGGGCAAUUGGAGUGAUAUAAACAAUUGUCUUCUAAAUGUGGUGCCUUGUUUUCCCACCUGAGUCCUGUUUUCAACCGUUCAAUACAGGAAUAUAAUAAUUUGAUCCGUUAUUACAGAAAAUCAAUAGAUAUUGUGAUUUAACAUGUGGUCUUUCCUGUUUGAUUACUGCAUUAUAUACAGAAAACACAGCUGGUCACUAAUAUAGUGAUAUAGUUCUGUAAAUUGUAACACCCUUAAGAUUGUUACAACACAUUGGAUUCACCUAGAAAAAUAUUAGUUUGUUCUAUAAUACACAUUAACUCAAUGUUUUAAGACAAACAAAUUAAGCACACUCAAAAAGGCACACUGAAAGUCCACAGCUAUGCUUGUGGCUCUGUGAGGCUGUACAGCUAAAUGCUAACAGCACAAUGACAAAGCUAACCUGCUGUUUAGCAGCUAUAAUGUUCCACCUUCCUACCAUAGUAUUACUAUGCUGUAUAUACAGUACUACAUACUGCUACUCAUAGUAUAGUGUUUUGGCAGUUAGUGUAAAAAGAGAUUGACUUUGGAAUUCCUUAGCCAUUAAACUUCACAAAGACAAGCCAAAAUGUCUUUCUUUAAUACUUAUUUCUGUUUUCCAAAUUAUUUCUGGUACUGUCUCGUCACUACCGCCAAUCUUGUUUUUUCCUCAGCUGUGAGCUGCUGCUUCACUUUCUUUGCACAUUCUAUUGUGGGAGAAUAGAGUUCAUCAACAGCACACUCAAAAAAUACCAAGUGUGCAUGCUGUCUGGUUUGAGUGUACUUUAUUUUGCCCCUUUUCCAGUGGAAACAUGCUAGGCUACAUACUGCUAGAGCAAGUAUGUAGUAUGGAUUUGGGACAGGCAGUUUUUUAGUAUGUUAGUAUGCCAACAUUUGCUGUUUAGCACAAAACAGCACAUCUGAAACUGAUGGAACGUCAGUAGUUUUGCAAGGAUUUAGUCAAAACCCAAAAUAUUGGACACAUAAAUUUUGACCUGAUGAUAGUGCUGGGUGAAGAGUUACAGGAUCACCAAAGUUAUUAGGAUUCAUCCUCAGUGGACCAUGAAUGGCUAUAUAACAUUUCAUGGCCAAAGUUAAAGGCCAACCCAUAUUCCCAUCUGAGCAACACUACGUAAAUUUAAAACAUCAGGCUUGGAGCCUUCUCUCGAAAAUCCCAAGACAAUUUCUCUGUCUCAAUACAUGCCUCUGUAUGACGUUCACAUAACUCAGCUUCAUCGUAGAACCACAUGUGGUUUUUGAUUCUUUUCAUUUGCAAGGGCUGUGUGUUAAAGCUGCAAAUCAUUACUGAUUUCUGUAAAUGUCUAAAGAGAUCACGUCCAUUAGGUUAUUAUAACAGCUUAAUAUCCAAAAGUAGCGCUUUACAGUGAAUAUGAAACAGAUGACCAAGCAUAACAUUUCACAAGGUCUAACCAGCAAAUUAUGUGUUUUUAACUUUAGUAACUGAUUAUUAUCAAAACUAAUCAAUUUUGUGUUGGUUCAUUGAUUAGCCAAUACUCAAUCAGUUUAGCACUACAUUUGUUAAACACUGUAUGCUCUUUAUCCUGUUUUAUAAAAUGUGGAAACCCUGUAAAAAAAAAACAUGGCAUAAGUCUGUUUCAAGAAACAGAACAAUCUAUAACAAAUGACCACUAAUUGACAAUUACAAUCACACAAUAAAAGUCACAAAA